AUGGGACAGUAUAUUACAAUUGCCACUUGUAACCUUAAUCAAUGGGCUCUAGACUUUGAAGGAAACAGAGACCGUAUCAUUGAAAGUAUCCGCGAGGCCAAACGUCAAGGAGCUAGACUCCGUGUGGGUCCAGAAUUGGAGGUUUGUGGAUAUGGUUGUCUAGACCAUUUUGCUGAAAAUGACUUGUAUGAUCACAGUUGGGAGAUCUAUGGACAGAUAUUAAGCAACCCUGACACAUUUGAUAUCUUGUUGGAUAUCGGUAUGCCUAUCAUUCACAAGUCUAUCAAGUACAAUUGUCGAAUCAUCUCAUAUAAUGGGAAGAUCUUGUUGAUUAGACCGAAAUUGUUCUUGGCUAAUGAUGGUAAUUAUCGUGAAAUGAGAUACUUCACUCCAUGGAAUAGACCCCAGUAUUAUGAAGAAUACCAAUUGCCUAAACAUAUUGCAAAAUCCACUGGUCAAUCAAGAGUUACUUUUGGGGAUUGUAUCGUGGAAACUUUGGAGACCAGAUUAGGUUGUGAAACUUGUGAAGAGUUGUUCACUCCGCAAUCUCCCCAUAUCGCUAUGAGUUUAGACGGGGUGGAAAUAUUCACCAAUUCGAGUGGAUCGCAUCACGAAUUAAGAAAAUUAGACACCAGGUUUAAAUUAAUCACCGAAGCUACCAAGAAAUGCGGUGGUGUUUACCUCUAUGCCAAUCAAAAGGGGUGUGAUGGUGAUAGAUUAUACUAUGAUGGCUGUGCUUCAAUUAUCGUCAACGGAAAUGUCUUGGCUCAAGCCUCUCAAUUCUCAUUAAAGGAUGUUGAAGUUGUUUCCGCUACAAUUGAUUUGGAUGAUGUUAGAUCUUACAGAAACCAAAAAUCGGCCAGCAAUCAAGCUGUGAAUCAAAAAACCCACUAUAAUGUCAUCAAGAGUGAUGUUGAAUUAUCUCCAAGUGAAAAUAUCUUUGAUCCAACCGUAUACCCUUCCUUACCACAACAAGUCAAGUAUCACUUACCAGAAGAGGAAAUAGCAUUAGGUCCAGCAUGUUGGUUAUGGGAUUAUUUGAGAAGAUCUAAAACUGGUGGGUUCUUUUUACCAUUAAGUGGAGGUAUUGAUUCCUGUGCCACUGCCGUUAUUGUUCAUCUGAUGUGUCGAUUAGUCGUGGAGUCAAUUGAUGAUAAGCAAGUGUUGGCCGAUUUGCAAAUGUUAGUCAAAGACGAGACCUUCAUUCCUAAAACUCCUCAAGAAAUUGCUCAAAGAUUAUUCUAUACUUCGUUCAUGGGCACUGAAAACUCUUCAGCUGAAACAAGGGCAAGAGCAAAGGCUUUAUCUCAAGCUAUUGGUUCAUUUCACGUUGAUUUAAAUAUGGACAACUUGGUCUCAGCUGUUGUUUCAUUAUUUGAAGUUGCAACCGGUAAACGUCCAAUUUUCAAGAUUUUUGGGGGUAGUUCAACAGAAAACUUGGCAUUACAGAACAUUCAAGCAAGGUUAAGAAUGGUGUUGAGUUAUUUGUUUGCACAAUUGUUACCAUGGACCAGAGGGAAAACCACUCCUGGUUUAUUAGUUUUAGGUAGUGCUAAUGUUGAUGAAUGUCUUCGAGGAUAUUUGACUAAAUAUGACUGUUCAUCAGCCGAUAUCAACCCAAUUGGUGGUAUUUCCAAGACUGACUUGAAGAGAUUUAUCGCCUGGGCGGAAAUUAAUUUCAAAUUACCGAUCUUGAAUGAUUUCAUAACAGCUACCCCUACAGCUGAAUUGGAACCAAUUACCGCAGACUAUGUCCAAAGUGAUGAAGUGGAUAUGGGAAUGUCAUAUGACGAAUUGUCAAGAUUUGGUACAUUGAGAAAGGUUGGAAAAUGUGGACCAUUGGCUAUGUUUAUCAAGCUUUAUCAUGAAUGGUCACAACCACCUCAUAAUUUAACUGCAGAGCAAGUGGCGGAAAAGGUUAAACGAUUCUGGUUCUUCUAUGCUAUCAAUCGUCACAAGAUGACUACCAUGACUCCAGCUUAUCAUGCUGAACAGUAUUCUCCUGAUGAUAAUAGAUUCGAUUUAAGACCUUUCUUGAUCAACCCAAGAUUCCCAUUUGCCAGUAAGAAAAUUGAUGAACUUGUGGAGCUUAUAAAUGAGAGACAAGCAGAGAUUGACGCUAGUAACAAGAGUGUCGAUUAG